AUUUUGUCAGUCUCUGCCGCACUCUCGCGUGAAGCGUUUUAUACCAUCUGCGUACUUCUCCACCGCGUCUCGCGUUAACUGGAGUUUGCACAUUGUGACACUUUCUCUGUGGGUCUCCGUCUCUGUCAGAUUGUGUCUGCAUCUCUGCCACGCUCCCAUAGCAAAUUGUAAAAUAUUCAAUUUGUUUUUUGUGUCGUCGUCGUGUUCAUGAAAAUUGUGAUAAAAGUGUGAAAAACUAAAGGGAAAAGAUGGCCACACGCUUCAUGGAUAUGCUGAAGCUGACCUUUAAGGUCCUCAGUUUCAAAUACGAACAGCGCAAACUUGCCACAGCCAUAUAUUCUGUGGUCAAGACCAAUUUGGGCACUGUGCGUGGUGUGAAGCGAAAUACCAUUUGGGGUGGAAGUUACAUUAGCUUCGAGAAGAUACCAUUCGCCAAGCCACCAUUGGGCGAGCUGCGUUUCAAGGCGCCAGAGCCAGUGGAGCCAUGGGAUCGAGAGCUGGAUUGCACAUCGGCAGCCGACAAACCACUGCAGACACACAUGUUCUUUAAGAAGUUCGCAGGGUCAGAGGAUUGCCUGUAUCUGAAUGUGUAUGCCAAGGAUCUACAACCGAAUAAACUGCGUCCAGUGAUGGUUUGGAUCUAUGGCGGUGGCUUCCAGGUGGGUGAGGCCUCGCGGGAUAUGUACAGUCCGGACUUUUUCAUGUCCAAGGAUGUGGUGCUGGUCACAGUGGCCUAUCGACUUGGCGCCCUGGGCUUCCUUAGCCUCGAUGAUCCGCAGUUGAAUGUGCCAGGAAAUGCAGGGCUCAAGGAUCAGAUAAUGGGCCUGCGAUGGGUGCAGCAGAACAUCGAAGCAUUCGGUGGGGAUCCCAAGAAUGUCACGCUCUUUGGGGAGAGUGCUGGCGGUGCCUCGACUCACUUCCUCACGUUGAGCCAUCAAACAGAGGGUUUGAUACACAAGGCCAUCGUUAUGUCGGGCAGUGUAUUCUGUCCUUGGGCAUAUCCUCCCAGGAAUGAUUGGGCCUAUCGUCUGGCCCAGAAACUGGGCUACACGGGGGAUAACAAAGACAAGCCAAUCUUUGAGUUUUUGAGCUCUGUAAAUGGUGGGGAACUAGUCAAGGCCUCGGCCACAGUCUUGAGCAAGGAAGAGAAGCAUAAUCGAGUGUUAUUUGCCUUUGGACCCGUUGUGGAGCCCUACAGCACAGAGCACACCGUGAUUGAUAAGCCACCACAUGAUUUAAUGCAGAACAGCUGGAGCAACAGGGUGCCCAUCAUGUUCGGAGGCACCAGCUUCGAGGGUUUGCUCUUUUAUCCAGAGGUCUCCCGUCGUACGGCCACGUUGGAUGAGGUGGGAAACUGCAAGAAUUUACUGCCCAACGAUUUAAGCGACAAUCUGGAUCCCAAGCUGCGGGAGAACUAUGGCCUGCAGCUGAAGCGCGCUUACUUUGGCGAGGAGAGCUGCAAUGAGGCCAGCAUGAUGAAGUUCCUCGAACUCAGCUCCUAUCGCGAGUUCUGGCAUCCCAUCUAUCGUGCCGUAUUGGACCGUGUGCGUCAGGGUAGUGCGCCCACCUAUUUGUACCGCUUCGACUAUGACUCAAAGCUCUGCAAUGCCAUUCGCAUUGUGCUCUGCGGCCAUCAAAUGCGCGGCGUCUGUCACGGCGAUGAUCUGUGCUACAUCUUCCACAGCAUGCUGUCACACCAGUCGGCACCGGAUUCGCCCGAGCACAAGGUAAUCAUGGGCAUGAUCGACAUCUGGACGAGCUUCGCCGCCAAUGGAGAUCCCAACUGUGAGAGCAUCAAGUCGCUGAAGUUUGCACCGCUUGAGAAUGAGUCCGAUAUCAAGUGCCUGAACAUUGGCGAAGAGUUUGAAUACAAAACUCUGCCAGAGCUGCAGAAGAUUGAGCCAGUGUGGAACAGUUUUUAUGCUCCCGAUAAACUGUAGUUCCAUUUAGUGCAGGGGGGUUCCAUAGCUUUAGCUCUGUCUCAAUUGUAGAAAUUUGUUCUGCAAUUGUAUAAAUAUGUUGUACAUAUAUUCGGGUUGUAAGAUUGAAAUUGUUGUUUUAAAUUAAUAUUCUUUACAUAUAUUUUGUAUUAAGUUCUUAAACAAGACAAGAAAAGUAUAUUUUAGAUAAUAUAAGAGGAGUUUUAAAGGAG